AUGGCCAACGUCAAGGAUGCUGCUCCAGAGAGCGAAGAGCAGAAGAUCAAACAAAAGUGCAACGAGUUGAAGCGAAGAAUCCAGGAAGUUGAGGAAUGUAAUGAAAUCUCAUUACUUGCUCUAUCGAGGACACGAGCAUCGAUAAGAAGGUAUAGACUACAGUACUCUGUCCUUUUGGAGAGACUCCAUGAUCGGGCUCUUGCUCAAGGUCAUCAGGAAGGUAAUCGCCCAUGGCUGCCAGUCUUAUUUGAAGAGAACUCUCAGGUCGUGGACCACGCAUCUGCGCCAAUAACACAUUUACAUGGCGUUGCUAAAGAUGAAAAAGUAUUCAAAAGCCCAUUUCAGGCAUUUGACUCAGCAGAAACAAAAACUGUUAGUCAUAUAGCCGAGAGUUCAAAACAAGAGGCCCACAGUAUCCUGCGGGACACUCUGUCGACCGAGGAGCAAGCGCAUUUCACAGCUAAACCCACAGAUACCCCAGAAAUCAAUCAUGUCACUCAUGCAGCUCCUGCAAGAGACACCGAUGUGCCAAUUUUGCAAAAGAAUAUUUCUGUUGCUCAUGAUGACCUGUAA